UGUACGUCCCAAUAUGUCAUCUAUAUCUGGUUGAUUGUUAAUCAUGCGAACGUCGUAGUACUAUAUAUUUUGAUAUAUAUAAAAGAAAAAUAUAAUUAUUUAACAUGUCUAUUAACAUAGACAUUAAGUUAAAACGUGCCAGUAAAAUAUAUCAUGAAGGGGAAGUUGUCACUGGUCUUAUAUUAUUACAAACAAAUUCCGAUUUAAAGCACGAUGGUAUAUUCCUUACAAUGGAAGGUUCAGUUAAUUUACAAUUAAGUUCAAAAAAUGUUGGUAUCUUUGAAGCUUUUUAUAAUUCUGUAAAGCCUAUUCAGUUAGUACAAUAUACUUUAGAUGUUGCUCCUGCUGGUAAAAUACCAAGCAGUAGAAUACCAUUUGAAAUACCUUUCGAAUUACCAUUAAAACCAAGAGGAAAGAAACCAUUGUAUGAAACUUAUCAUGGAGUUUUUGUGAAUAUACAAUAUUUAAUACGUUGUGAUAUAAAGAGGAACUUUCUUGCAAAGGAUGUAAGCAAGUCAUUAGAAUUUAUUGUGGAAGACAAAUACACUAUUAAGGUCGAUAAGGAACAUAGUAAAAUUGUAUUCUUUAAGAUAACACCAGAGUCUUUACAAAAUACAAGAGAUAAAGUUAAUGUUCCGAGAUUUUGCAUUUCAGGAAGAUUAGAUUCAUUGUAUUGUAAAAUUUCGGAACCUCUUAAAGGCGAGGUAGUAAUAGAACAUUGUGAAGCUGUUAUAAAAUCAAUUGAAUUGCAAUUGGUAAGAGUAGAAACAUGUGGCUGUGCAGAGGGAUAUUCGAGAGAUGCAACAGAAAUACAAAAUAUACAAAUAGGAGAAGGAAAUGUAUGUACGAAUUUACCCAUACCUAUUUAUAUGAUAUUCCCAAGAUUAUUUACUUGUCCCACUUUAAGCACAAGUAACUUCAAAGUUGAAUUUGAAGUAAAUCUUAUUAUUAUAUUUGAAGACGACUAUUUAGUUACUGAAAAUUUUCCUAUAAUACUUUCCAGAUACUAACUAUUAUUGAUAUAUAAAAAUAUAAACUGUAGUAGCACAUAAAUGCAAUUACUAUAUGAUUUGGCAAUAAAAAUAUUUGUCUUAAGUUAGUUAAA